CUCACCACGGCUGGCUUUUCUUCGCUGCCUUGGCCACUAUCUUGACGCCUAUUCCUCCUCGCUCUCCAUAUCCUCGCUCUAUCUGCGCAUCGACAACCUCUCGUUCGACGUCCCAGAUCUCCCUCCGCCUCUCUACACAGCUUCACCUCCCCCGCACACCAUGAACAUCCUCGAGUGGGCUUUCGGUAAGCGCAUGACGCCUGCGGAGCGUCUGCGCAAGAACCAGCGCAUGCUGGACAAGGCCAUCCGCGAACUCGACCAGAUGCGCGUCAAGCUCGAGAAGCAAGAAAAGACCCUCAUCCAGCAGAUUAAGACGAGCGCCAAGAAUGGCCAGAUGGGCGCAUGCAAGAUUCAAGCCAAGGAUCUGGUCCGCACCAGGCGAUAUGUUGAGAAGUUCUACGCCAUGCGCAGUCAGCUGCAGAAGAUCUCGUUGCGUCUUCAGACCUACCGAACGAACGAACAGAUGAUGCAAGCCAUGAAGGGCGCUACGAUGGCCUUGGGCAGCAUGAACAAGUCGAUGAACCUCCCCCAGCUCCAACGAAUCGCUAUGGAGUUUGAGCGAGAAAACGAUAUUAUGGAACAGCGACAAGAGAUGAUGGACGACGCAAUCGACGAUGCCAUGGACGUGGGAAUUGAAGAAGAGGGCGACGAAGUGGUGGAACAAGUGCUGGAAGAGAUUGGAAUCGACUUCAACCAGGCUCUCGGAGAAACACCUACUGCAUUAGGAAAUGCUGCGGUACCAGAAGGCAAGAUCGCUCAGGCAGUGGGUGGAGGCGGUGGUGGCGAUCCUGUUGACGAUGACCUCCAAGCACGCCUUGAUAGCUUGCGGAAGUAG